CACUGUAAAGUAAACACUUUCUGCAGAAAAAGAGUGAAAGCUGCAUAUAUGUUUUCAGAGGUUUGAAUAUGCUUAAUGUUUUCUCUAUGUCACUUCUCUGUGCUUCUUGUUGAGCCUCUUGCAUGCAACUCCAACCACUUGAGCAGAUACACACAAUAACUAUGUCAAACCAUUGCAUGAGUGUUACAUCAAAAUGAUUUUGGGUUGUGGAUCAAUCCACUGAAAAAGAAGAUAUUAGCAUGCAAUGAAACCUAAGAGAGGAAAAGAGAGAGUUCAAGUUAAAGAGAAAAACUUGAUGAACAAAAUGAGGAAAGUUAGAAUUUUGUGUAGUGAUCCUUAUGCUACAGAUUAUUCAAGUGAAGAAGAAGAUUUGUAUCAGUUAGAUGAUUCUAAGAGGAUUGUGAAGGAGUUUUUUGUUCCAUUUAUGCCCUUAGCUUAUGAGAAUAAGAAGAAUGCUUUGGAAGAUGUUAAAGAGGUGUUUUUUCAAACAUCUCCAUCAUCUGUGCUUGAUGUCACUGUCACAGAUACAGCACCUGCAAAAGAUAUUAAUGGCAUUAAUGGUUCAGUCAAAGAAAGUGAUGUCAAAGAGUUAACAGGUGAUGGAAAAAGAGGAAAUGUAGUGGAAGGAGUUUGUGAUACAGAAGAUAGUUCGUUUCUAUAUUUGCUAGAGGAGGCAAAUGUGGCAUCAGUGGCUGGUUAUGAUCUUCAUUUUUUGGAUGAAAUGGCAAUGCUGUUUGCUGGUGGAUUUUGUAACUUGUUGGAGAAUGAAAUAACAAAUGACUGUGGCUCUAUGUGGAAGGUAGAAGAUGGUGAAGGUAGCAGCAUUCUUCCACAUAUUGGUUGUGAUUUCGAUGAUCCUCAGCUAGAUUGGUUUGAUGAAACUCCUCAUUGGGAUUGCCACUAAAGUCUGGUGGAAUGUCAUACAUCAGUUUUUCGAAUCUGCCAAACGCAUUUUCACGUAAUCGGCGUAUGAAGUCAUUGGACAAAGAUUGGACGGUUUAGAUUUUGUAGAAAGUUAUCUAUAUGUCGAUGGCAUGAAGUCGCGAAUUUGUGACCGCAACAAACUUGGUGAGAAAAAACUUGUGGUAGAUAAAUUGGUAGUUACAAUUACAUAGCAUGUAUAUGCAAACAAAAUGAGUAUAGUUGUUAUGUUAUUUGUUAAGGAUUUGUUGUCUAGUCUCUAUUGACAUGUUGAGUUUUUCAAAUGUAACAUUGUAAACAUGAGA